AUGGCAUGGUUCAGUAGAGCAAAUGAGCGUUAUGUAAUAGGAAGCGAAGGUAAAGAAAAAGAAAAUACAUUUCAUAAAGAUGUAAUGACUGAAUUUCCUCGGGAAAAUCAUAAAACAGCUUUUAUGUUUUCUUCUCAAAUGAUUUGCUUCUUGUUUAAGAGUUUCGACAAGCGCAUUUCAACAUUCAAUAAGAAAAUUGUUAUUGCAAGUAGUCGUAAAUGUGAAGACAUUCCAUCACCGUGUGAAAAUGAAUGA